AUGGAGGAAAGUGUUGCUUUAGAUUCAAGUCAACAAAAACAGUUUGUUAAAUCUGUUCGAGGAAUAAAGAAACUUUUAAAGAAAAAGAGUAAAAAAUCGGAAGAACAAGGCGCUACGAAAACUAAAACACAAUCUGUUAAAAAGGAGGCAAAACUGGUGGAAAAUGUAAAACAGAAAAAAAUUAAGCGUAAACCAAGAGGUCUAGUUUAUCUUUCUCACAUCCCUCAUGGAUUUUAUGAGCACCAAAUGACAGAAUAUUUUAAACAAUUUGGAGUUGUAACAAAUGCUCGUGUAAUAAGAUCUAAGCGCACUGGUAAUUCCAAAGGAUAUGCUUUUGUAGAAUUUAAAGAAAUAAGUGUAGCUAAGAUUGUUGCUGAGACAAUGAACAAUUAUCUGAUGGGAAAAAGGCUUAUUAAAGCUGUUUUCAUUCCACCAAAGAAGCAAAAAAUAAAUGCUUUGAGAAAAAAUUGGAAUUUUCAAACCAAUCCUGCUAGUAAACAACGAUUGAAUAUAAGAAAAGCUUACAAUGCAAAUAAAACAGAUGAAGCAGAGCUUAAAAUUGCUAGAAAUUUAUUAGCAAGAUUAUCAAAAACAAAAGCAAAAUUAAAUGAAAUAGGAAUUGAUUAUGAUUUCUUCAAACCAGUUGAUGUUCCAAAAGUAUUGGAAGAUAUUGUAGAUAAGAAUAACGAUAAAGAAACUAAUGUAAAUUUAGAGAAAAAAUCUCAAAAGAAACUUAAAUCUGAAUCUGCUGAGGAGAAAACAGUAAAGGAUGAAAAAAAAAUAAAGAUUGAACCAAAAGGGAAUGACACUAAUAAAUUAAAAAAUAAAAAACAAAAAAAUGUAAGUCAGUCAAUAAAAUCAGAACCCCAAUUAAAUGAUAAAUCAGACAUAAUAACUGUGAAAGCUAUUAAAAGUAAGCCUGAUAUAAAUAAGGAAAUGAAGAAUAAUAAAGGACAAAACAAAAAGGAUAAGAUUAAGAUGGAAGAUAUUAAACCAUUAGAAAAUUUCAUUAGUGUCAAAAAUGAUACUAGUGAUGAUGAAGAUGAUGAUUUUGAUUCUGACGAGUUUGAAAAGAUGAUGGAGAAUGAUGAUGAUGAUGUAUUGUCAAAUGAUGAGAGUGAUGAAAAUGAUGAUGAUAGUGAAAAUGAAGAAAUAGAUGAUAAUAGUGAUCAAUCAGAAGAUAAAGUCGUAAAACAGGGAUCAAAAGGAAAUAAAAAGCCUCAACCCAAAAAUUCACUAAAAAAGACAACUUUGACUACGCUAGCAAAAAAUGUAGCACAAGAAAAAGCUACUAUUGUCACUAGACAAACGAAGAAAAGGACAAAUGUACAAAGUACAACAGUGGCACAGAAGAAAGCAAAAUUUGAAAAACAAAAAAAGAAGCCAUUAAAAAAUGUAGUUAAAAAGAAAAAA